AUGGGUAGGUUACUCUUCAUAUACAUUACUAAAAAGAUUUAUCUGGAACUAUGUGGUGGUGGAGCUUUGGAUUCUAUCAUGGAGGCUCUUGAAAAACCUUUGACUGAGCCUCAGAUCAGAUUUGUCUCCAGAGAAGUUCUUCAGGGUCUUGAAUUCUUGCAUGAGAAGCUGAUAAUCCACCGAGACAUGAAAGCUGGCAACAUCCUACUCACUCUUAGUAAUGAAGUUAAACUUGCUGAUUUUGGAGUUUCUGCCAAGUUAGCGGAUGAAAAACAAAAGCGGACGACAUUCAUCGGAACACCUUACUGGAUGGCACCAGAAGUUAUCAACUGUGAAACUUUCAAAGAUGCACCUUAUAACUGGAAAGCAGAUAUAUGGUCUUUUGGUAUAACUCUAAUCGAACUUGCUCAAAAGAGACCACCUCAUAACGCUACUAAUCCAACACGUGUUUUGUUGAAGAUUCUCAAAUCUGACCCGCCAACUUUAUCUAGACCACAUUUAUGGUCUUCUAAAUUCAAAACGUUCUUGGGGCGUACUCUACAGAAAGAUCCAAAUCAAAGACCCGAGUGUAGAGAUCUUCUUUUGGAUCCAUUUGUUUCUGAUGUGACGGAAAGUGAUCGUAAAGUAAUUCAAAUACUAUUAUGUGAAGUCAAUGCAGAUAUUAUUGAAACAGUUGAAGAUUUCGAUCCAAAUGAGCCGAUUGAUGAAAUUGACGAUAAUGAUUUGAAUCCACUUAUACUAUCAGAUUCUACAAAAUUAUCAAUUCCUGUUGAAAUGGUUUGUGAUGACGAUGAUGAUGUUGAUGACGGUAAUAAAAAUGAUGUAAUCGGUGGAGAAACUGAUAAUUCCAAAAAUGAUCAUGAAUCUAAUAAGAAUCUCAAACAAAUAAAUGAUAAUAGCGGUGAUAGUGGUGUUAGUCUUGAACAAACAACUUCUGAAAAUCAAUCAGAUUCAAAUAACAAAAUGAAUGAUCAUGUAAUUAAUGAAAUAGCUGAUCAAUUAAUUACAGAUGUAAUCACUUCUAAUACACAAUCACCAUCAAUUACAUCAUGUGUAUUUGAAAUGAUGAAUGAUAUACAUUCAACUAUUAUCAAAUCACCAAAUACUUCUAGUAAUUCUCCUGCCACGAACAUCACCAUUACUGUUGUUCCUAAUUCUACUGAUAAGACCAAACAUGUUACUAAGGUUAAUGGUAAUAUUGACAAUCGUGUUCGUGAAACAAUUGUUCAUCCUAAGAAACAAUUGAAUACAUCAGAAACUACGGUACAUAAAUCUUCUGUCGUUAAUGAUAUAUUGAGAGAUCCACCUUCAUCAUCAUCUUCAACAACUGAUUUUCAUGAUAAUAAUAAUAAAUCAAAAGUAGUUAUAUCUCCACUUAAACGUCAAAAUAGCGCUUAUCGUACAAGAACACGAACGCGUAGAUUUGUUAUUGAUGGUCAAACAAUUACUACAACAUCUAAACGCAUUGUGAACACAAAUUUAGAAGACAAAAAGUUCCGUGAAGAUGAACAAACUAAACGUAAAGCUGCUUUACGUGCAUUUAGAAUAUUAGCCAAACAAGAAGCACAUCAAACACGUGAACUAAAUGAACGUGCACAACAACAAAUUGAUAUAUUAGAGAAUAAAAUGAAUGCAGAAUUUUCAACAUUAACAAAAACAUAUGAUCAUAAAAUGGAAAUUGCUAUACGUAAUUAUAAACUACAAAUGGAACGAUUAGAUAAAGAAUUCGAAGUUGAAAUGAAACGUAUUCGAACAGAAACUUCUAAAGAAGAACGUACAUUUAAAGAUCGUUUAAAAAAUGAAAUAGAUACAUAUGAUCGUGCAAUGCGUAAAGCAGCUAAACGUGAUCUUAAUAAAUAUGAUCAUAUUCAUCAAUCAUCUAAUUAUGAUAUUAAAUCUAAUUCAUCAUUAACUUCAUUAAAAUCUAAUAAUUCUUCGACGACUACACCUAAUACUACUAAUACUACUACUACUAAUAAUAAUAAUAAUAGUAGUUCACUUGUUUCACAACGUUUAACUAUAUUUCGUGAAAAUCAAGAAUCACGUAUGAAUAGUCGUAUAUAUGAUUUACAUAAUGAGUAUAAUAAACGUCGGAAUUUAAUACAUUCAGAAUAUUUAAAUGAAAUUCAUACAUUAAGGCUAAAUUUUGAAGAAGAUAAAUGGAGAACGGAACAUCGUUUUUUAUCUAUGAAACAUCAAUUGGAUAGAAAUCGUCAGCUUGACUUAUUUAUGAUUAAACGUGAACAGUUAACUGGUCGAUCAGAACUUGAAUUAACGGAAUUGAAACAGACAAUCAACAUGGAACGAAGUAAACUUCAAGCAAUUCAUUCCAUAGAGAGAAAAAAUUGUAUCAGAUCUAUGAAAUCUGUUCAUAAACGUAGUAUUCUGACAUUACAACGUCAAUCUAGACUCAAUACUAUCCAGAUGAAUGAAGCUCAAAAACGUAUGAAUGAAGAAUUAGAAUUAUUAGAGUCUAAACAAAAAGAUCAAACAGAUGAAUUGGAAAAGAGUAUACAUUUUCGAUUACAAGAAUUAGAACAAAGUACCAUUGAAAAACGUAAUGCUUUAAUUGAUCAAGAGACAAAACGUUUACAAGAAUUAGAUAAUCGACAUCAAAAUGAAAUGCGAAUCUAUUCAGAAUCUUUACCACGAAUAAAAGCUUUAAUGAAAGAACAAUUUGCUCAAGAAUAUAAAGAAGAUUCAUUUAAACUUCAUAAUUAUAGAUCAUUUAGUCCAAAAUCUCAUAAAUACCGACUACCAAUACCUAUGACAAGUUUAACUAAUUUACGUUGGGGUUCAUUAUCUAAUUCAAAUACAAAAUUAAAUCAUAUCACAGAGCCUAGAUCUCAUCGAAUUCUUACUUUAUUCUCAUCAGAUUUGAAUAAUACUAAAACAAGUUCCACUGAUUCAAUGUGA